AUGGUGCAAGAAGAGAUCCUCUUUUUGAAAUGUCCAGAGUCUUUAGUCAGUUUAUUACUAUGUGAAGGGAUGGAAGACAAAGAUUCUAUUCGGAUGUAUAAUGUAAUUAAAUACUCCGAUGGGGAAGGAUAUUCCCAUGGAUAUAACACAACCAAAGAGGUGUUUUCAAAGAAGGAAAAACACGACUGGACCGCUUUUGACGCAUUGAAAGGUGGAGACAGAAAGAACGGCCAAUAUCUGCCUUGGGGUAUAGAAAGAGAACUUCAUAAAGUGCUUUCAGCAACAGAAAGAGGUGCGAAAGAAACGGAGAAGACACUACCAAUAUUUUCAACGGGAAAAUGGGGAAGUGGUGCUUAUAAAGGAGAUAUGAGACUUAAAUUCAUUAUACAGAUGUGUGCAUGUGCUUUGAAUGGAAGAGAUAUGAUUUAUAACACAUUUAAUGAUACACCAUUUGGCAAUGAAAUUCGAGAGUUUGUGAAAGUCAUUCGAGUAAACAAACCUACAGUUGGGCAAUUGUAUAAGUACAUGGUGGACCACAAGAGUAAAGGACACUUUUUGGACGAUUUUGAUAAUAUUCCAAAGUCACGAUAA